AUGAAAUUGAAAGUAGCUAUAGUUCAAAUAAACUCGAUACUAGGUCUGCCAAAACAGAAUAUUACUAAAAUUCAAAAUUUACUAUCAUCAAAAUUACCUUCUUCAUCAUCAUCACUAGAUUUAAUAGUACUAUCAGAAUUAGCAAUAACUGGAUAUAAUUUUAAACUGUCGACUCAUAUUAAACCUUACUUAGAGUCACCAACUAAUUAUGGAACUUCCUUGAACUUUGCAAAAAGCCUAAGUUUGAAAUAUAAAUGUUUUACAAUCAUUGGAUAUCCUGAAAUCAAUGUAGAGAAAGCUACUGAAACUAUUUAUAAUUCAUGUGCUGUGUUUGAUAGGAAAGGAGAGUUAAUAUAUAAUUACAGAAAGACGUUCCUUUAUGAAACUGAUGAAGUCUGGGGAUCUUCAGAAAAUCCAAACAAAAAUUUUGAACCAAUAAUUUUGAAUUUUGACAAUACCGAAGACUCAUCUUCGUCGAAAUUAGAUAAUAAUCUCAACAAAUCAAUAAUUUCAAAUAUUGGAAUAUGUAUGGACUUGAAUCCUUAUAAAUUUGAAGCUCCCUUUAACAAAUUUGAAUUCAGUUCAUCAUGCUAUAAUAAUAGAUCAAAAUUAAUAAUAUGUCCAAUGGCUUGGUUAUCUCCAAAUUCACCAUCUAUAAAAAAACAAGAAGAUCAAGAAUCACCAACAUUACAAAAAUUAUCAUCAGAGCAAUAUCAAUCUCAUCUAGUUAAAGAAGCUCAAGAAAUUAAAUUACCAAAUGAACCUAAUUAUGAAACCAUAAAUUAUUGGAUACUAAGAUUUUUCCCAUUUUUAAAACAUCCUUAUUCAUAUUAUCCAAAAUGGUUUUCUCAAAAUGAAAAAAUUAAUGUUUUGAUAUGUAAUAGAAUAGGUAAAGAAGAUUCAAUAAUAUAUGGAGGUAGUUCAUGUAUUUUACAAUUUAAUAAUUCUCAUGAAAUUGAAGAUUCAAUUGAUUCUUCAAAUUCCAGUGUUGAGGUUUUGAACCCUUUAUGUCAAUCUGUGGAGGGGAUUAUUGUUCAAGACAUUGAUCUAUAG